AUGAAGUACAUUAUCGAGCACAUGGAACAAGGUUUCAGUGAGUGGGUGACCCUGGAGUACGCUCAAAUUAUAAGAGACUUGGGUGCGUCUAAUCUGAUUCUAUCGUCGCUGCCAGAGGGAACAAAGGAGUCAGACAUACCCCUGAAGCUCCGUGAAAUGGGCCUGCAGUGGACAACCCGUCCUUUAACAGAAAUCAAUGAGGUUUUUCCUGAGCUCCCAAAGCUGAAGGAGCAGCGGGUGUGUCUGCUGGACCCUCGCGCUAAAACCGAUCUUGAGCCCUCCGACGCGCAGACAUACGACUACUUUGUGUUUGGCGGCAUUCUAGGGGACCACCCACCAAGAGACCGUACAAAGGAGCUCAUGAACGCCUACCCAAACCUCCUCGUCGGAAAAAGGCUAGGCGAUAAGCAGAUGACAACCGAUACUGCUAUCAGAACUACGCAGAUAAUCAUUGAGCGUCAAACACGCUUCGAAGACAUCAAGUUCAUCGACUACCCGGAAUUCAGGUUCAAUAAGAACGAGGCCACAGAAAUGCCUUUCAGGUACGUUUUGGAUGGCGAGGGCAAGCCAAUCCUACCGCAGGGGAUGUUGGAGCUCAUUAAAAAGGACUCCGAACAGAGUCUCGACGACUUGCUGUAA